AUGACCGAACCUUUCAAACCCGAGCCGUCAGCACCGACCGACGUCAAAGCGAAGAUCCAAGAGACCUACGAUGCCAUUGCUGUCGAUUACAACGCAUGGACGGAGCGGAGUACCUCGACACGCCUUCACUACGUGGACAAGCUGGUCAAGUGCUUGCCCGCAGACAAGACGAGCCAGAUAUCGAUGCUAGAGCUCGGGUGCGGCGCCGGGGGGCCCGCGACUGAGAAGUUGCUGUCAGUUCCCAAUGCAACCGUCUUUGCCAACGAUCUCUCGGGCGCCCAGAUUGAGCUGGCGAGGAAGAACCUUGCGGGCUUCGGGGACCGUAUCACGCUUCAUCAAGGCGACAUGAUGCAGCUGACCUUUGACAAUGCGUCACUCGACGCCGUUAUCGGCCUGUACAGCCUGAUUCAUCUGCCCCGGGACGAACAGGUGACGCUCGUGGGCAGCAUCGCCCAGUGGCUCAAGCCCGGCGGCCACCUGCUCGUCAACUUCACGCCCGAGGCGUUCGAGAAGGGAGUCGAACCGGACUGGCUCGUCGAAAAGGGAUGGAUGUUCUGGAGCGGCUGGGGCCGUGAGCGCAUGCUGGAGAUUCUCAACGCUGCCGGGCUGGAAGUCCUCGAGAGUGAGCUUCGCGGCGAUCCGGGCGAUGCUGUCUUCUUCUGGGUCAUCGCCCGCAAGAGAUAG